AACUCAGGUUUAAAUAUGGAUAUUCUUGAUAAGGAUAAGUCUGUGAAUUUCACGAAGAGCUCUUUAAUCCAAUUAAACCAUGACAGCAGAAGACUUUACAAAAAUAACAUUGGCACAGGAGGAGCUAAUGUAUCAGAAAUAUUUAACUGGUCCAUGGCUUCAGAAAAUCUUACUUCAGUAGGAAGUUCAUUUUCUUUAGAAAAAAACUGGCCAGCCCUUUUAACAGUCACAGUGAUAGUGGUAACCAUCGCUGGAAAUAUACUAGUCAUUAUGGCAGUGUCUUUAGAAAAAAAACUACAGAAUGCCACUAACUAUUUUCUAAUGUCUCUUGCCAUUGCUGACAUGCUAUUGGGAUUUUUAGUCAUGCCAAUUUCCAUGUUAAAUAUAUUGUACGAUUAUGAGUGGCCCUUACAUAGAACACUUUGUCCUGUCUGGAUUUAUUUGGAUGUAUUAUUCUCUACUGCUUCUAUCAUGCACCUCUGUGCAAUUUCCCUGGAUCGGUAUAUUGCAAUACGAAACCCCAUCCAUCAUAGUCGCUUCAAUUCAAGAACCAAGGCUCUUGCUAAAAUAACUGCAGUGUGGACUAUAUCUGUUGGGGUUUCAAUGCCGGUGCCUGUGUUUGGACUACAGGAUUACAGCAAAGUGUUCGACAGAGAAAACUGCUCUUUAGCAGAUGAGAAUUUUAUCAUCAUUGGUUCAUUUGUAGCAUUUUUUAUACCAUUAGUUAUCAUGCUGGUCACCUACUUUUUAACUAUUAGAUCGCUACAAAAAGAAGCUACCUUAUGUUUUAACAACCUUGGGGCAAAAAGCAAACUUGCUUUAUUCAGCUUCCUCCCUCAAAGUUCAAUUUCUUCAGAAAAACUAUUUCAACGUUCUUUGCAGAAGGAACUUGCUCCUUUUGGAAGAAAAACUAUGCAGUCCAUCAGCAAUGAACAAAAAGCCUCAAAGGUCUUGGGAAUUGUGUUUUUCCUUUUUGUUAUUAUGUGGUGUCCAUUUUUCAUUACUAACGUGUUGGCAGUGUUUUGCAAAGAGUCAUGUAAUGAGCAUAUCAUUGGGGAAUUGUUGAAAGUUUUUGUUUGGAUUGGUUAUUUAUCUUCAGCCGUCAACCCUCUGGUAUACACACUGUUCAAUCAGACCUACCGCUCAGCAUUUGCACGUUACAUCCAAUGUCGAUACAGGGAAGAAAAAAAGCCUUUACAAUUAAUUUUGGUGAACACUAUCCCUGCGUUGGCCUACAACUCCGGCCAGCUGCAACUUGCACAAAUGAAAAAUUUAAAGAAAGAACCAAAAAAGAAGACAAAUGACUAUUCCUUGGUUACAAUAGGGAUACAAUCUUUAGAUAAAGCAGCUAAGACUGGGGUAGGAACACUUAAUGAAAAUGUCAGUUGUUUGUGAAUAGUGCACUGCAGGGCAAGAAGAAACAAUCAAAAGAACUAACUAGGCAAAUAAACAAUA